AUGUACUCUCCUCACCACUUAUCUAGUCUGGUGAAUGUUGUCACAGACCAAAUUACCGAUGAGGUCGAAAGGAAAGACAAUCGGACCAACGAUCCCAUUGAGAUUGCCCGCAAUAGGGCCGUGCUUGAAAAAGUCAACGAGACUAUUGAUAAUGCACUGCGAGAGCUAAAUGAAGUCUCGACAUCAAAAGUCGCCCAAGACGCAGCCAGUGAUGCGAAAAUACACGUGCCACCAAGAUUUUCCAACUCCGGUGCACUCAAUGUGCAAUUCCACUCUCAAACUGUCGCAUCGAAUACAGUUCUCCCCAGUUUCGAGAAACAGCUAGAGGAAUUCAGCAAAAUCGAGGGUUUCUUGAACAGUGGUAGAGAGGAGGCGAUGCAACUGAAGGCGAUGACGGAGACCGCAUUGCCAAUCAUGGAUGGCCUCAACGAGAUGCUCAAACGCCCGUAUCUUAAUGAGUAUAAUGCCCUUCUCAAUGUAUCGCCUAUUGUAGGUGUAUCUGGACGGGCUAUCAAGUAUUUGAGAAAGGGUGCUUCUCAAUCUGGAGAUAAGGUGGUAAACAACACGUGGACUCACUUUGAUUACCUUCCAAAGGAAUUUGAUCCGGCAACUGAAAAAAUAAAUAUGUUCCCAUACAAUGGGUCUUUUUAUUUAAGUAUCGGCAGGGCUCUCUGGAGGAAGCUGCCACGAGCAAUGGACGACAACCGUCGCAAAGAAGCUAGCAAAGAUUGGAGUAAGUUAUUUGAAGAAAAUUGGAUCCCGGUAGGCGACGCAUGCUUGCCUUCACCAAAUGUGCUGUCCGUCAGUCCUUACUGCUCCAAUCUUUCUGCGAACGGGUCAGCCGAGUUUAGUCUUUACAUUGUGAAUGAAGAUGGCACCAUGUUCACCUUCAAGGGCAAUGACUUGCGAAACAACGUCGAGUUUCGACCUGUUUCACUUACGGAUGACCAAAUCAAAGCUGGGGAAAAGAUGCCCAAGUGGACUAAGCUGGCAUACUAUGCUGGUAAGCUAUUUGGUAUAGAUGACCAGUGCAAAUCGUGGAACAUUUCGAUCAAGAGCGCAAACGAGAUCGAGAUUGCGAAUCCUCGACCUCAGCCUGAAUGCAUUGGCUUAUCUGCCAAUGAAGAAGGCCUUGUGGUCCUCCGUAAGGACGGACAUUUGUACCAGAGAUCGGUUGACAUCGCAAUAGACGACAAUUACCCCCAGCAUGAGGCGAAAGCAUGGAAGCAGUAUGUCGCUUCUACUGACAUAACGAAUAUUGGUGUGGCUUCACCUGGAUGUAUGCUUGAUAUGAGGACUCUUAUCAGCUCUGUAAAGGACCAAUAUAUGCAAACACAGCUUGCUUUGUGGCCUUUGGUCAAGAAGGUUAAGGAAUACGCAGUGCUGCAUCGCUCCUAUCUGGAUAACUUGCGCGAUGCGCAAGAAGAGAUCAAGAGAGCAAAGUCACAGAAGGAAAUAGACGAAAUCAAGAAGAACGCGGUCGACGACUCGAUCGAAUUUGCGAAAUCCUCUGCUACGAUGCUUGCUAAUGCAUCACGCAAUGCACAAGCCACCGUCGUAUCGAUGACAUCGACCCUCAAGGGAGUAGAUACUGACCUUGAGGCUAUCAAGGCAAAGCUUCAGACAGAGUUAGAAGGCUUUCAAAAGGUUUUGACAUCUCAGAAGAAGGACCUGGAGACUAUCCGGAGCAUUAAGAUGUGGUCCACGAUUGCUGCCAUCGUCUGCGUUUUUGGCAUGCUGCUUCUAGGCUUCACCGGCUGGGGUUCUGUAGUGCUGGGAGCGUUGUUCGUUACGGCUUUUGUUGUGGAACAAAUUGCGGAGAGUCAGGAAGACAGCAAAAUUCGCGAGAUUUCCAAAACUGAAGGACGAAUCAAUCAUCUGAACCAACAAAUCAAGGACAUAAGCGAACUCAAAAGUGGGAUUGACAAACUCGUGCUGCAAUACAAUGAGCUAAACAAAUUCUGGGGGCGUAUGGUCGAAGGGUCUGACAGAGUCAUUGAGUUUGACAACAAGAUUGUAGAUGAGGCCUUCAACAGACUCAUCAGGUCAAUUCAGCUCAAGAGCUCUCAGACAGAUACUGAUAUCCUUGGCUUCGGAGCCCAGGCCUAUUUGGACAUGCUCUAUGCCCAGGGUUUGUAUAUUCCGGAUCCUAAGAAACCCCCGGUGAAGAAACCUGUCAAGUUACCUGACUUGGACAGUCUCCAGGCAUCUUCUUUCAUGAUGAUGCAUCAGUCCGUGGAAGUCAUUGCUCCCCAGAAUCUUGACACUGAAAAUUGCGAGGUUUCCGAUGUCUCUUUGCCAGAGGCACUCGAGCAGCGUCAAGUUGAGCCCAGUGAGAGAAAGAAUGAGAGCAACUUGGACAUCGAACUAAAUCAGCAACAACACCAAUCCGAUCAAACACAGAGCAUCACCAUCACUUUUUACAUCCCUGAUGAAGCCGAUCUUAUCAUUGAAGCAGCCUUCGACGAGCAAGCAAAUCUUGCUCGAGAAGCCAUGGAGAGCAAGGACUUUAAAGCCGGCCUGUUGCAUCUGAAAAAGGCAUCCAUUAUGUCCGAGAUGAAUUUGUUGCAUCGAGAAGAAAUGCUACUGCGCAGCGGAGAAUGGUUUGACAUUGAUCAAAUCAAGUCAGCCCUCACCGUGUUCUACACUGGCGAACUCAGGCAGCUCUUUCACGAAGCCGGCGAGCAGCUUCCUGCUGGGGCUUUGCCGGGCGGUGUCCACUUGUUAAAGGCAAAAAGGCUGUCAUCUGAGGUCAUCCAAGGGACCAUGACUUUGGCCAAUCUCAUGACGGAGUGGUCAGAUAGGCAUUCGAAACGUCGGACGAAAGAGGAGAAAGCACUGGAGGCAGCUCCAUAUGUGCAAUGUGCGGUCCAGGCCUGCCAAGAAUUGGAGAUGAUCACAGCAGAGCUCAAUAAUACCUUCACGGAUAUUAACCAUGCCGUCACUAACGCUCAACUAAAAAUGGAGUCGAAGAUUAAAGAAGUCGAGAUUGACAUCGAUGCGAUCGACGAUGCAGCAUGGAGUAGUCUGGAGGGCCUAAAGGACAAGGUUCCAUUCUGGACCAGGCUUUCUGGGAUAGAAGCUGUCAUGGAUUGGGUUUCUAAAGCUGCAGAUGAGAUCGAACGAGCUCGAGAGUUGAGGACUCAACCAAUACGUGACGAGGUGGCCCGGAUGAGGAGGCUCCUCAACAGUGGACAUGUGUACAAAGACCAACAUUUCACCUGGAUGGGUCUCGUUCAGCAAAUUAGUCUCAAGAUUGGCAGAGUCUUACAAACACUGAGUGAGAUUGAAAGCCAACUGAACUAUGGCGUUGAAUUCACCGCCAAAGCAAUCAUGAACGUGUCAUGGCCCGCAUUGCAAGAAAAUUCAUCCGCUGUUCUUACUCUCCUUGGAGUUGAGUAUGCUCCGACGGUAUCCUUCUCUGGGCUACUUACGGCUGGGGCUGAGAUGUCAUUCAUGGCCGUUUCUAAGAUGGAAACUAAUGGUGCUACUGUUGCUAAAUCCGCAAAAAUCCGUGGCCUUAAAGAGUUCCUGAAUCAUGGCCUUGGCGCGCACCCCGUGGUCUUGUCGGAAAUAAGGGAUGAUACCCAAGAUGCCGAAACUUUCUUCAAAAAGAUUAGCGGUAUCCUUAGCAUCCCCGACGUGGAGAAGCUCCGAGCUUCAGACGAGGGAAACUCGGUCUGGUCACUCCGUGACAGCGCCAACCAGGCGCUCCAGAAGUUUGUCGACGCCUGCAUUCUCAAACGCAAGGCGCUGGCUGAGCUUAAGACAGUGGCCCGUCAACAGCCGAUGCGCAUCCAAAUGCUCCAUUCGGGAGAGGUUGAUUGGGAAGAGUUCUAUAUGGAAACAAAUUCGGCGUUUCUCGAUGCCAUAAAGGUUGCGGGUAAAGCACACGAUGUCCUGGAAAGCCGGCAUGUUGAGUUCCAGAAGAUGCUCAAGGCCAUUAAGCAAAACCGGGCCGCGUUUGAAGCCAAGAUCAAGCCCAUCGACGAAGCAAUAGCGGCAAAAGUGAAGAAGGUCGACGAAUUCAUAUUUCAACGCGCCGCAGACGCUGCUACCAUGCUUUUCAUUGGCGUCACGGCAGGUUUAGCUAUUGUGGCAGGACCUAAAGUCGCCUUCGACGCGGCAUCAAAUGCCUACAGCGCAGUUAGUGGCAACGUGGAGGGUUACUCAGUUUCCAAUACCUUCAAAACAUUCUAUUCAGAGAUGAAUUGGAAAGAGUUUGCUGACAGCAUGAUCAGUCUGGGCGGGGCGCGCAAAGCCGCUGUCAAUGCUGUCGAUGGACUCGAGGCCAUUAGCGAGGUCUUCGAUGAGUCAGUCAAGUGUGGUUCCAGCAUGUUGUCGCACUUGCGUGAAAUGCAAAACCGCUUGAGAGAUUUCCACGAGAAGCGCCUGGAAGCACUCCUUACAUCGCGCAAUUACAAAGUUAGCCAGUCGUUGAAGGACGCCGACAUCGAGAAAGCAGCAACAGAGCUGAGCGAAAAACAACUGACUGAGUUGGUGAAGAGCUGGGAGGAUCUAACUGAUGUAUGCACUGCUUGGAUCGAUGGGUAUAACCAGCACGGAGUUUCAUAUAACUGA